AUGUGCGGCAAGUUCGGCCUUAUGUCCCACAUCGACGGCUCUGCUCUAGUCGAGCUCGCCAACGACCUUUGGGUCCAAGCGGACCGUGUCGUUCGUAGCUGGUUGCUCGGCUCCGUCGCCGAUGAUGUCCUUGACCUUGCCAUGACAGAAGGCCAAAACGCCCGCGCACUCUGGCUCGCCAUUGAGGGCCUCUUCAACGACAAUAAGGAAUCCCGGGCGAUCUUCCUCAGCAACCAGUUCCUCUCCAUGGUACAAGGGGACCUCCCUAUCCUCGAGUACUACCAGCAUCUCAAAACGCUAGCGGACUCUCUCCGCGACGUCAGCCACCCCGUUAGCGAGCCUCAGCUCGUCCUCAACCUUCUGCGCGACCUCAACUCUCACUACUCCAACACCGCCGAGAACAUUGCCAAUUCGACGCCCUUUCCCUCGUUCGCCAAGGCUCGUUCCAUGCUUUCCCUCAAGGAAUUGCGCCUAGCCAACAAGGGUGCUCCGCAGUGGCGCCCUCCCCCCUCGAGCAUCCUCGGGCCGUACCCUCAGGCGCACACGGUGUUCACCCCACCGCCGGCGUUCCCGCCGAACGCGCUCUCCUGGGACCAGGGCGGCCUCAUCGCCGCCAUGAACCAGAUGGCCCUUCAGGGUCCCGACAACUAG